AUGAGUAAUGCCGAGGGCGCACUUCUUCUGGCGUUCAUGAGUUUCUCGCAGGUGGCUGGAAAUUCGGUUGAUCUCCUUCUUACGCCCUCCAGUGUUAUUGCGGCGGCUGCUUCGUUUGCUUUGUGGGGGCUGGCCGACUCCUUGGCGCCUCUAGUUGCAUUUGCUUUGGUAUAUGGAUUCUUCGGUGCUGGCUAUGUCGCUAUGUGGGCCAGGAUGUCCACGGCUAUCAGCGCUGAUCCGACUGCUUCAAACAUGAAUUACAAGGAAAUUGGCAAUGUUCUCACAGGCCCACUCAGUGGAAGUCUAUAUCGUCAAUGGUUUUGA